GUUGUUCCAUCUCUAGUUCACAUUACUUGGAAUUCAGUUCUGUCCAAUUUCGCCACCAUGUCCGGCUCCGGUGCCAAUCCCUUUGCCCAGUUCCAGGAAUCAUUCACCCAAGACGGCAGCGUCUACAAGUAUUUCGAUUUGCCCUCCAUCGACAACAAAUAUGAUUCAUUGCCCUUUUCCAUUCGCGUUCUGCUGGAAUCCGCGGUGCGCAACUGCGACAAUUUCCAUGUGCUGGAGAAGGAUGUCCAGAGCAUCCUGGGCUGGACACCAUCGCUGAGGCAGGAAACCAGCGAUGUGGAGGUCUCCUUCAAGCCAGCGCGUGUUAUAUUGCAGGACUUUACUGGCGUUCCUGCCGUUGUGGAUUUCGCUGCCAUGCGGGAUGCGGUCCGCGAACUGGGCGGCAAUCCGGAGAGGAUCAACCCCAUCUGCCCCGCCGACCUGGUUAUUGACCACUCCGUUCAGGUGGAUUUUGUCCGCUCCUCGGACGCUAUGACCAAGAACGAGUCCCUGGAGUUCCAGCGCAACAAGGAGCGCUUUACAUUCCUCAAGUGGGGAGCCCGUGCCUUUGACAACAUGCUGAUUGUGCCACCCGGCUCUGGCAUUGUCCACCAGGUUAAUCUGGAGUAUCUGGCACGCGUGGUCUUCGAAACAGAAGCAGCCGAUGGCUCCAAGAUCCUGUAUCCGGAUAGCGUCGUUGGCACGGACUCACACACCACCAUGAUCAACGGCUUGGGCGUGCUCGGCUGGGGCGUGGGCGGCAUCGAGGCGGAGGCCGUGAUGCUGGGCCAGUCCAUAUCCAUGCUGCUGCCCGAGGUGAUCGGCUAUAAGCUGGUGGGCAAACUGGGCCCUCUGGCCACCUCCACCGAUCUGGUGCUGACCAUCACCAAGCACCUGCGCCAGCUGGGCGUAGUGGGCAAGUUCGUGGAGUUCUAUGGACCCGGAGUGGCGGAGUUGAGCAUUGCGGAUCGCGCCACCAUCAGCAAUAUGUGCCCGGAAUAUGGAGCCACAGUCGGUUACUUUCCCAUCGAUGAGAACACUCUAAAUUACAUGCGACAGACUAAUCGCUCCGAAAAGAAGAUCAAUAUCAUCCGGCAGUAUUUAAAGGCAACUCGACAGCUGCGUGACUAUUCCCUCGAAGAUCAGGAUCCCCAGUAUACAGAGUCUGUGACCCUGGAUCUAUCCACCGUGGUCACCUCGGUUUCGGGCCCCAAGAGGCCGCACGAUCGUGUCUCCGUGACCAGCAUGUGCGAAGACUUCAAGUCGUGCCUGUCCAGUCCCGUGGGGUUCAAGGGAUUCGCCGUGCCGCCAAGUGCCUUGUCUGCCAGUGGCGAGUUCCAGUGGGACGACGGCAAGAGCUACAAGAUAGGCCAUGGCUCGGUUGUGAUUGCGGCCAUUACUUCCUGCACGAACACCUCGAAUCCCUCGGUGAUGCUAGGUGCAGGACUUCUGGCCAAGAAGGCCGUGGAGAAGGGCCUGAACAUCCUGCCUUAUAUCAAGACCUCAUUGUCGCCCGGCUCCGGCGUGGUUACCUACUAUCUGCGGGAGUCGGGGGUGAUUCCCUACCUGGAGAAAUUAGGCUUUGACAUAGUGGGAUACGGUUGCAUGACCUGCAUCGGCAACUCGGGCCCACUGGAUGAGAACAUGGUUAACACCAUCGAGAAGAACGGUCUGGUCUGCUGUGGAGUGCUGUCGGGGAACCGCAACUUCGAGGGUCGCAUCCAUCCCAAUACCAGGGCCAACUACCUGGCAAGUCCGCUGUUGGUGAUCGCCUAUGCCAUUGCAGGACGUGUGGACAUUGACUUCGAAAAGGAACCUCUGGGCGUGGACGCCAAUGGAAAGGACGUCUUCUUGCAGGACAUCUGGCCAACGAGAUCGGAGAUCCAGGAGGUGGAGCAAAAGCACGUCAUUCCGGCCAUGUUCCAGGAGGUGUACAGCAAAAUCCAGCUGGGUUCCAAGGACUGGCAGACGCUUGAGGUGUCCGACGGCAAGCUGUAUCCCUGGAGUGGAGUAUCGACCUACAUCAAACGUCCGCCCUUCUUCGAGGGAAUGACCCGGGAGCUGCCCAGUUUGAGGAGCAUCGAGAAGGCUCGCUGUCUGCUGCUGCUGGGUGACUCGGUGACCACCGAUCAUAUCUCGCCAGCCGGAUCCAUUGCCCGGAAAUCCCCUGCGGCGCGAUACCUGUCGGAGCGGGGACUGACGCCUCGCGACUUCAAUUCAUAUGGGUCAAGACGCGGCAAUGAUGCGGUGAUGGCGCGCGGAACCUUCGCCAAUAUCCGUCUGGUCAACAGGUUGGCCUCCAAAACCGGGCCCAACACCCUGCACGUGCCCAGUGGCGAGGAGAUGGACAUCUUUGAUGCGGCGGAGCGGUAUGCGGAGGAGGGCACGCCGCUGGUUCUGGUCGUGGGCAAGGACUACGGCAGUGGAAGCUCGCGGGAUUGGGCCGCCAAGGGUCCAUUCCUGCUGGGCAUCAAGGCGGUGAUCGCCGAGUCGUACGAGCGCAUUCACCGCUCCAAUCUGGUGGGCAUGGGCAUCAUCCCACUGCAAUUCCUGCCGGGACAGAGUGCCGAGUCGCUGAAUCUGAGUGGCAGGGAGCUGUUCAAUAUAGCCCUGCCUGAGGAGGAACUGAAGCCGGGCCAGAGGAUCCAGGUCGAGGCUGAUGGCAAUGUGUUUGAGACCACGCUCCGCUUUGACACCGAAGUGGACAUUACAUAUUACAAGAACGGUGGCAUUCUGAACUACAUGAUCCGCAAAAUGCUGGAUUAGUAAUUGCAUUCGUUAACUUCUAUAUUCCAUGUGCAUUUCUUACCGACGGUUAUUUGUUAUUGUGUGAUGGGAAAUAAAGUUUGACACUUCAUCUGUGAGAUGAUGUUAUUAAGGUUUUA